AUGGGUAAAACUACUGAAGUAGCUAAUAGGUUACUUGAAGAAAUAACUUCUAAUAAUUAUCAUUGGUCUAAUAAUAGGGGUAAACCAAAGAAUGCUGCUGGACAACAGAAUGCUAAUAUUAACUCACAAAUUCCACCUGGUUUCCAUCAAACACAACCCCAACAAGAAAUUAAACCAACAUGGGAGUUGGCUAUUGAAAAAUUGGCUAAUGCUACUUUUGAAAGAAUUGAAAAGUUGGAAACUAAAGUUGAUCAGAUUGCUAUUUCUAAUAGAAAUGUAGAACUUCAACUUGGACAAUUAGCUAAUGCCAUCAAUUCUAGAAGUCAAGGAGCUUUGCCUAGUAAAACAGAAGUUAAUCUUAAACAACAGUGCAACGCUCUCACUCUUAGAAAUGGUAAGGAGUUAAGUACCAUAAAAAGUACGAUCAAAGAAAAUGAGGUCGCCAAUGAAAGUGAAAAAGAGAAGGAGAAUUAUGAAGCUGAGAAAGAACUUGAAUCAACACCUCUUCUCCCAGUGACGCCUUAUGUUCCCCCUAUUCCUUUUCCACAAAGACUUAAACAAACUAAAUUGCAUAGGGAAUUUGAGAAAUUCUUGAAAAUGUUUAAGCAAUUACAUAUUAAUGUUCCUUUUAUUGAUGCUUUAAUGCAUAUUCCUUCUUAUUCUAAGUUUCUUAAGGAAAUUAUGUCAAAAAAGAAGUUGGAAAAAUAUGAAACCAUUGCUUUGAGUGAGGAAUGUGCAAGUGUCUUUCUUAUGCCUUUAUCUAUUUGCAAGAAGUUAGGAUUGCAUAAUAUAAAAUCUACUACUGUAUCUUUGCAACUUGCUAAUAGAUCUAUCAAAUUUCCAACAGGAAUACUAGAAAAUGUGUUAAUUAAAGUCAAUAACUUUAUUAUUCCUGUUGAUUUCAUUAUUCUUGAUAUGGAUGAGGAUAUAGAGGUACCUAUUAUUUUAGGUAGUCGACCCUUCUUGGAUACUGUUGGAGCUAUUAUAGAUGUUAAGAAUGGUAUUUUAACGUUUGACAUUGGUGAAGAGAAAGUUCACUUUAAUAUAUUCAGUUCUUCUAAAAAUAAUUCACAACGUGAUCUUGUUUGUCAAGUUGAUAUAAUUGAAGACAUGACUAAGAAGAAACAUGUAACUGAUGCUACUAAUGCUCUACGUGAAGUGUGUUUGAGUAAAACAGGUACUCCUCCUAAGCAUAAGAACGAAAAGGUACACAGCUAUAAGUCAGUUUCGCUCAUGCUAAUAGUCAUUGCUGCUAUGUCAGGCUAA